UUAUAUAGAGUUGUGUUUUCCCAGCGAUAGCUGUAAUGUUUUCCCAAAUCGAAUCAAUGACGGACAACGAGUCCCGAGGAAAGUAGCUGUCAGGCGUUUUUGGGGGGUUUCUGCACGAAACGGGGUUUCUCAGUUUUGCCGUCUUAAACAAACUAUUCCAGGAGGUCAAGCAUAUCUGGAGCUAGGGGUCAUCGCCAAGAAGAAAGUAUGCUGAAGCUGUCGUUCUUCCACUUCAGCCUCUGUGCAGCGUUAAUAGGGCUGUCCGCGCGUGGCGGCGUAGCCCGCUCAGCUGUCAAAAUUCGCCAAAAACUGCUCGUGUUUUUAUUAGACGGUUUCCGCUGGGACUACGACGACCUCCCCGGACUGCGUGGGUUUCCUCGGAUCAAGGAAAAGGGGGCAUCGGCCACGUACUUGCGUCCUGUCUUCCCCUCCAGCUCCUACCCGAACUAUCAGUCACUGGUAACAGGUCUCUACGUUGAAAGUCACGGCCUGCUUGGAAACUACGUGUACGACCCGAAAUAUGCCGAGUAUUUCCGGAUGGGUCGCUACCCUGCUCAGUACGAGUCACUGUGGUGGGAGGGUGGGGAGCCAGUGUGGAUAACAGCUGAAAAACAGGGUCGUUCCAGCUACCUGUACUUCUGGCCCGGAUGUGAGGUGAGCGUGGGGGGCCUCCGACCCACCUUCUGCCUCCCCUAUACCACGAUGCCCCACCUGGGGGACCUCGAUGUCGCCAUAGAGGAGAGCUUGAGGCUAUUUCAGAACGAGUCGGCAGAUUUCAUUGGUAUCUACGUAGAGUUACCGGACAAAUUCGGUCACAAGUUCGGUCCCGACACCCAGGAAGUUCAGGAACUCAUAUACCAGCUGGAUGCCAGGUUUGACUACCUGCAUCAAGAGCUGGAAGACAGAUUCAUGUCUGAUGACGUCAAUAUCAUGCUGAUGUCAGAUCACGGUAUGACAUCAGUAUCUGUGCCAGAGCACGUGUUAGAUAUACGUCACCACGUGUCGUACUUUGACCUGGAGAGGACAGUGGGGGCGGGGGCGGUGACGGGGGUGUGGCCAGCUCAGAAUAAAACUCUGCAGGUACUGCACGCACUAUCAAUAGAGGAACAUUGGUCAGCAUACCUAAGAGAGGAAAUCCCCGAUAGAUGGCACUACAAGCACCACUAUCGUGCCCCACCCAUUCUCCUUGUGGCGGAUCCCGGAUAUUAUAUCUUAACGUUUUCCAGCCGUAGCGUUGGAGUGUAUUCUGACACCGGACUACCAGAACAGGGCUGGCAUGGUUAUGACAACUUUGACAUAGACAUGCAAGGAAUUUUUGCAGCAUAUGGACCGGCCUUUCGCCCCGGUGCGCAGACGACCGUUGUUGAAGCGGUGGACAUGUACCAACUGAUGUGUAAAGUGCUAGACGUGACACCCUCACCACACCAUAACGGCACGUGGGCUAACGUGGAGCCGUUUUUAAAAAAUGAAGUCCCCUACUUCACCGCACAAGAAGAGGCUAAUACAGCCAGCGUGAAAUCCAUUGCACCCAGUGUUGUGAUCAUAGUUAUUGUGAAUAAUAACUAUGAACCUUGAUUAAAGUGAAAGAUGUAGAUUAAUUAAUUUUUCAUAAGUCUAUAUGUUGCAUAAUGUGUUUUAACAUUAUGAAGAAAGAAAAUGUUUCUACAGAACAUCUAUUUUGUAAAAUAGUAUUGAUGUUAGGGCACACGAUGUUGAAUAUUAUCAGACAUAAACAAUGACGCUUGUUAUUGUAUAACAUCUAUAUAUUUCUACUGCUAUUAGCACAUUUCAAAUAAUCUAUCAAGACUGAUUUUUGUACGAAAAUAUAGUCAAAUGGCAAU